AUGGAAGAUGCUGAUUAUAGAAACCGAAGGAAGAACAACCACUUUAUAAAAAAGGACAAGAAUUUUCUUACUAAUGUUGCUGGGCAAGUAUGCAUUAUAAUAUAUCCGAGAAAAAAUGGUGAUAGGUGGUGGAAUUCUGAUGACUUAGUGAACCAAGUAGUAGAGCACGCAAUCCCAAUAUUUGAGACACGUUUUCCAGAUGCAAAGGCCCUUUUUGUAUUCGAUAAUGCAACUAGCCAUGCUGUAUAUGCAGACAAUACUCUUGUAGCAAAUAAUAUGAAUUUGUCACUCGGUAGAAAACAAGCAAAAAUGAGAAAUAAUAUUAAACAAAAUAUAUGCUUCUCUAUGGAUUACAAGAUCCCUGAAUUGUGUGAAGAACCAAAAGGUUUAAGAGAAAUUUUAAAGGAAAGAAAAUUAUGGCAUGAUGGAAUGAAGUUGAAGUAUAAAGGUGGAUGUGAAGAAGGAAGCAUUAAUUGUUAUACAAGAACAGUAAUGGCAAACCAACCAGAUUUUAAAGCAUAG